AUGCCUGAGUAUAUGACAUAUGAGCUUACGCAACCUUUUCUCCAAAAUUUGAAUCGCGUCAUUUAUUUAAGUACCCUCGCCAGAUCCAUCCAUCUAACAUAAUUCUUUUCAUUCCUCACCUCACAUACACCGUCAUGGCAACUUCACUUCCCCAAUCACCACCACUUCAAGACCGAGUCGCAAUCGUUACCGGCUCCUCCCGCGGAAUCGGAAAAGAGAUCGCACUUCACCUUGCUUCACUCGGCGCAAGACUCGUCAUCAACUACACUUCCAACUCCCACCUCGCUGACUCCGUUGCCGCCGAGAUCAACGCUAAUCAAACCACUCCACGAGCCAUAACCGUUCGCGCCGACGUAUCCGAUCCAGAAGGUGUAAAAUCUCUCUUCGACUCCGCUGAACAAGCCUUCAACUCACCAGUUCAUAUCCUAGUCAACUCAGCCGGAGUCCUCGACGCCGAGUUACCAACUAUAGCAAACACAACCGUUGAAACGUUCGAUCGUAUCAUGAACGUGAACGCAAGGGGAGCGUUUCUCUGUGCAAAAGAAGCUGCGAACAGGUUAAAGCGUGGCGGUGGAGGUAGAAUUAUAUUUCUGACAACUUCACUAGCAGCGGCGUUUAAGCCAGGUUACGGCGCGUACACGGCAUCGAAAGCGGGAGUGGAAGCCAUGACGAAGAUUCUGGCGAAGGAGCUGAAGGGGACUGGGAUUACUGCGAAUUGCGUGGCGCCGGGACCGACUGCAACGGAGUUGUUUUUAGAAGGGAAGUCGGAGGAGAGGGUGAAGAUGAUUGCAGAAAGUAAUCCGUUUGGUAGAAUUGGUGAGACUAAAGAUAUUUCGCCUGUUGUUGGGUUUUUGGCAUCUGAUUCUGGUGAAUGGGUUAAUGCUCAAAUUAUUCGUGUCAAUGGUGGCUUUGUUUAGUUCAUCCACGACAACCUUUUUAAGGACUUUUAUAUCAAGCUAGACAUAGGGAUGUGUGUUCUGUCCUGUGUAAUACGAGGUUUAGAAAUCGUAGUUUUUCAUUUUUUUUUUUUUGUUUUUUUUUGCUUAAAUUCACUUUUUAAUCCCUAAGUUUGCAAAAGUUGUAAUUUUGGCCCCCUAUUAAAAAAAUGGCAAAAGUGACCCAUGUUUAGCCUCUUUUGCAAAACAUCAAUUUUGAUCUGAUCAA